UCUAGGUGACUCGACGCACGCGCGAAUCUAUUAUAUUUGAAAUAUCACGCGCGUGAGUGAUGAGGAACAACUACUGUAUUUGUGUCUAGUGUUCCGGAAAACAAAAAAUUGCUUUUUGUUAUUGUGGUUAUUGUUUUGGGGGAGAGAGAGAAAAAUGUUGGAUGCAAGUGCGAUCAGAGUGAUUAAAUCGAACCAACGGUGACGGCUUGAUAAAAAAACCAAAAAUUCGAUUGGAAUAUAUUGAAAAGGUAAACAGUCGCACAUAAUUUGCAUAGGGUAAGAGAUAAUAAAGGAGAGAAAAGGAAAAAGCAGACAGCAGCAAUUGGAUUUAUCGCCAUGCGGAGUAUCUGUGAUUCGGGAUAGAGAAGAGAACAAAUUCAAGGGAUGCGAAAAUGCGGCGGUUGCUGCUGCUGUUGUGCGUCUGGUGCGAUGCCGCCGUUUUCCUGAUGCUACUCUUGCUUGAAUCGGCUACUGCAUUUAACCUGCCAACCGAGAUAGCCGAUCUGGAUAAGCCAAUAAGUUUCACGGAAGUGUCCGGUAUAGCUCACGGUAAAGUGCGACUGCCAUGCAGCUUGAGAUCUGAAUACGACGAUGUGGCCAAAUUAGUGCUCUGGUACAAAGAACCAAGUAACGAUCCAAUUUAUGGAUUCGACAUGCGUAAAGGACGGCAACGGGAUAAUGCAACUCGUUGGUCAUCGCCGAAAGCAUUGGGUCACAGAGCUUACUUUUCCGCGAAUGAUCUCAAAGAUGUCUUCUUGGACGUUAGCGAGCUCAAACCUAAGGACGAAGGGCUUUACAGGUGUCGAGUGGACUUUGCCAACUCUCCGACGACUAAUCAGAAGAUAAAUUUGACUGUGAUUGAACUACCAAGCCAACCAGUAAUCUUGGACGGCAAUACAAUGAAGCCAGUGGGGGAAAUGGAAAAAAGUUACAAUGAGGGAACUGACGUGAAGCUAAUUUGCAUUACCCGUGGUGGUAAACCACCACCUCGGUUAACUUGGUAUUUGGAGAACAAUGUCAUCGACAACUCUUAUGAGUAUAAACCCUCGAUUGGUCAGACAGUCAAUCAUUUGGUUUACGAGCGUAUCCAGAGGCAUCACUACAAUGCUCAGUUUGUCUGCCAAGCCAACAACAUUCCUCCUGAUUCUCAUUUCAGUGUGGAUCCUCCGGUUGCAAUACUUGCACUCAUUGUCAAUUUAAAGCCGCUGGACGUGCAUAUACUGACAAAAGAGUCGAGAGUAUUAGCGGAUAAAAAAUACGAAGUUGAAUGUCGCAGUAGUGGCUCGAGACCAGCAGCUGUAAUCACUUGGUGGAUAGCCAACAGACGGAUAGACAACCAAACCAAAACUUACGCGCCAGAGAACAAUCAGAGCCUGAGCAUUCUGAGCUUCGUGCCGAACAUCGAGGACAACGGUAAAUAUCUAACGUGCAGGGCUGAGAAUCCGAAUAUUACUGACAGCGCGCUUGAGGAUAAAUGGCAUUUGGACGUGCAGUAUCAGCCAAUGGUCAGUCUCAAGAUGGGAUCCUCCCUUAACCCCGACAGCAUUAAGGAGGGUGACGACGUCUAUUUUGAGUGCCUCGUUCGUGCUAAUCCCGAGGCCUAUAAACUCUCCUGGUUCAAAGACGCAAAAGAGCUAAAAAACAACUCGACUAUGGGGAUAGUAUUGAGCGGAGGUUCUCUAGUACUCCAAGGCAUAACUCGCAAUUCAGCGGGCAACUAUACAUGCCUUGCCGUCAACAGCGAGGGCAAAACAAUCAGUAACCCGGUGCCUCUACGCGUCAUGUAUGCGCCAGUGUGUAAGGACGGCCGGAGCGAGGUAGUGGUGGGCGCAUUGAAACAAGAAACGGUAUCACUUAUGUGCUCGGUAGAAUCUCAUCCAGCACCAGAAACCUUUCACUGGACCUUCAACAAUUCGGGCGAUCUGAUCGAGGUGCCGCAUUCGCGUUAUUCACACACGACUAUCCCAACAGUUCAAUCGUCGCAGUCUCAACAUCAACAGCAACAGCAACAGCAAGCAGGAACAGACUUGAAGGAGUACCAGCAAUUUCAUGGGUCGCGCAUGAACUACACGCCCUCGUCGGAAAUGGAUUACGGGACUGUUGCCUGCUGGGCCAGCAAUCAAGUGGGCAGGCAACGCUCGCCAUGUCUCUUCCAGGUGAUCGCCGCAGGCCGACCAUAUGCACUGCACAAUUGUACUGCAACGGAGUUGUCAUCUGCAUUGGAGUUCGAGGAAUUAGGUCUAAGUAAAAAUAGUGUAAACUCACCACCCACUGGCACUGGAUUACUCGUUCGCUGUAUCGAAGGUUACGAUGGUGGUUUACCUAUUCAAUCGUAUCACGUGGAAGUUGUCAGUGACGAGGAUGGCCCAGUGAUGUUAAACAAGAGUGUACCAGCCACACCUGGUGGUCCGAUGAUCGAGGUUGCUGGCUUGUCCACUGGGAGGAGUUACAAGCUGUUCUUGUAUGCUGUUAAUGCUAAGGGAAGGAGCGAGCCAACGAUACUUGAACCUGUUAUGCUCAAAGGCGUUGCUAUGUACACUACCGGUAACGCGGAUGCCUCGGUGUUGAGUCCAUUGCUGCUGGGCUUAGCGGCAACGGCGACGCUGCUGGCAUUAGCAGUGGCAGGAAUUCUUGCGGCACUCUACAGGAAGCACGCAAGCGGCCAGGUAGGAAGCCCAAAGCACGCGCCUAUCGUAUGCGAACCGCCUAACCCGGGUUCUACUACUCCCGUGCACCCGCAGACCAAGCAACCAGUCGACGAUAUCGAUCCCGACAUUAUACCGAACGAAUACGAGCGAAGACCCUUAACUUAUACCUCCGUAUACAAGACUCCGCCGCAGAGACGGCGAAUCCGUGAACGCAACGGUGCUGCCAGUCCUGUCGAUGAAGAACCCGAUAAAAAGGAUCUUCAAGAGGAAGCUUUGCUUGCCGAACAUUCACCCGCUCCGACGAUACGUUUCGCACAAAACCAUCAUCAGCAACUACCCCCACAAUUGCCCCACCAUCUGAUAGCACAAGCGACGUCGCCGAGUAGUUUGUAUGGCAACUCGCCAACGUUAGCUGACUUCAAACAGAUGGCCUUCGAAGCUUACAAUCAGCGAAACAACCAGAACGUGUAUUACAGUUUGCAGAGGCCAGACAAGGGGAUACUGACAAUGCCACAGAGGCCAGUCACGUCGUCGGUUUCGGCCCACGUUAAAAUCCAUCAACCCGAGGUGGUCACACGGUCUAAUCGGAUCCAAGAGAGUUGUAUAUAAGCCACUUCCAUAAGUUAUACGUUGCCAGUAUACUCAGUGUGCGAGUGUGUAUGUGUGUGUGAGUGUGCGUGUGCGUGUGCGCGCGCGCGCGCGCGCGUGUGUGUGUGUGUGUGUGUGUUUGUGUGUGUGUGUGUGAGUUUAAGAUAAAAUACAACAAAGUCGAGUGAGACAAGAGAGAAAAAAACUUGAUUCGUUGAUAAUUGUUCGAUUAUUCAUAUGAGCGCCUGUGUAAUUACGAAUACUGCCAAUCACCAUGUUCGAAAUGUCGAUCAUAAUUACUGUCGGUAGCGCGCAAAACAUAUACAUAUUACAUAUUUCAAUCAAGUGAAUUCUUCGCUCAGCAAAGACAUAUUACAAUUUAAUAUCGUCACCGGAAUCCCGUUGUCGUACAAAAAAUCUAAACAAAACCAUAUUUAUUCUGCCAUAUCAUUGCCAAUCGCAAAGAUUAUACGAAUUCGCCAUAUGUAUCUGUUACCGAAGAAACAUAUAUCUUCCAAAAGAAUCAUUUUAUCGACGAUUUUGUGUAAGGGAGUAACGAAACAAAUAAUCUAUUUGAAAAGUUAAUCUGUUGACUUUGUUUCAAUUUUAAGAUUAUAUAUGUAUCUUGAUUCGCGUCUUAAGCGCACGUUUCCGUUCAUAGUCGGUGUAUAACGUUAUACAUAACGUGUGUCAGAGAAAAUCAACGACAAAAAAAAGUAAAAUAGAAAAAAAUUUUUAAUCGUUCACUUGUACAAAAAUUUUCAUAGAAAAGUUGAAUGGAAGGUAGAGAUUACGGGAACGGUUGCCACAAGGUCAAUCAAAACGGAGAAGCAUACAGAAAGUUGUACGUUGCUACAAGCGUGAUCUUCAUAGAAAAAUCUUAGUGAAGCAGCAUAUAUCUACGAGGAAAAAAAUUGCCACCAGCGCAAAGAAUUUAUCGCUCGAUUUUUCAGCUCAUUCGACACUCGCGGCCCAGCCGAGGCAAACAGUACUUCGCUCGUUUUUUCGCCAUUUAUAUUCGUGCAUCACCGUCGCCGCCACCGCCGUCGCGACCGUUCAAUCACUGACUCUUCCGGACACAACGAGAGAGAAUCGUCGGUGACAGUGCGCGCGGAAAAUUUCUCCGGGAACUCUACGUUGAAUUUGUACAUUUCUUGAAUUCGAAAUAUCCGAUUUCCUCUCCACUGGUCACUGUCUGACCAACGUGUCAUGUACACAAUCGACGUGGCUUUUAUUUGUGUAAAAAUCGUUUUCAACAUUCCAAAUCCACAAGACAUUUUCAAAUUUAUUGACAAUCGAAAUCUCUCAGAUUUGAGUUGCGCGCGUGCUCCGAUAUAUUUUUUUCCGUAUUCAAUCGAUCGCGUUAACUUUGCUUUCUUGUGUGUCCACGUAGACGAGCAGAGAGCUGCAAGCGAAGCAUAAAUUUCUAUCAAGCGAGAGCGGAAUCCGCAUCGGGCAACAGUAAAUCAGAGAUGCGUUGCAGCAGUACAGGAUGCCCUCGCCGAAUGACGUGUCAGCGCGUGCACUAACGAAAAGAAAGCACACACGCACGCGCACGGAAAAUCGUAAAAAACGAGGGGAAUAGAGAAAGAGCUGCUGCUAGUGUUGUCGCGAAAACAAUUGGCGUUUCUGGGUGCUACUGCUGCUGCGCUUAUUUACACACAGCUGCGCGGCGCCGUGGUCUGCAGACGUAUAAAUGCGGAAUUCAUAGCUUUGUUUAUGGUUGAAACUCGAGCGUACGUGGUUAAUAGACGCGACCUAGCGCCACUCCCAAGUGUAUUACGUACGUAUAUAUUAUAUAUCUUUAACUGUUUAUACGAGAUUAUUAGUUUUUUGUACAAACAUAUUUUAUUGUAAAUAGCUGCGCGCCUCCUUGACAUUUACACAUCGAGACUGCAAGGAAGAUUAACACACAUAUAUAUAUAUACAUAAGAUACUAUUAUAAAUUAAGAAAGAAAAUGUAUAAAGUAGAUAUUGACGUGUAUGCGUCUGUGUAUGUAUGUGUGAUAUUCAAGUGUGUUGCGAAAAUGUAGCGCGUCAUCAUACGUAGGGGAGACUAUUGUGUUUCGUUUAACGAUCUGAAAUCAGACGUCCGAUUAUAAGCAUUGCUACACAUGUUAAGUAAAUAAAGCACGUGUGUGUGUGUGUGCUUAUAUGCGAGGAAAAAAGAUAAUAUGCGCAGAUCUGUCAAAAAUGUUAUAUAUUAACUUGGAAAAAAGAUAUACAA